UAAUCUGGGCUGCACCGACGCCUAAGCCCCCUCACCAGUGGCACCGCAAAUAGAGCCCAGCCCGAUACACCCGUUUGCCCAGUCUCGCCUUGUAUCACCAGAGUCACUUGAUCUGACCUCCCCCACUACCGACUCGCCUUGUCGCGCAAAAGACGAGACAGGUUAGAUACUUUCUAGCCUCUGUCACUCGCUGUCGACUAUCACUAGGAAGACCCUGGCCCAAGGGUCGUUGAUCGUCGCCUUCUGCUGCCAUUUGCAAGCCUCGCAAGCUUCUUGUUCGUCGUGCAGCGUAGCCCACCUGGCUCUGUCCUGCUGCUUGCUCAUCGCUCCACAUCAGCCCACGGGUCGAUCACAAGAGAACCACCAGUACCAGUCGCUCAGCUUUAUCGCCGACCGCCCUGUCUUUUUGACCUCCUCCUGUUCGGAUCGGACCUUGCUUUGGGUCAAUUGCUGCAACCCAUAUUCCCAUUUGCCUCUAGGGUGUCCUUUUUUGGACCACCUUAGAAAACGUCGAACAAGGUGGAUUCCGCCCAAGAAAUCGUGGCAUCUCCCGGUGCCUUACAAAACGUCACGUCCUACCUCAACGGGGCGCUGGCUAACCUCUCGUCUGCAUUUCAAGAUUCGAGCGGAUACAUAUCUGACACUCUUGGCGUACCUCCUACCGUUGUCUACAGCAGCCUCGCUGUCCUGCUCGCCGUCCCAUUAACAAUGUCGAGAUACGGCUGGUCUAUCGGCCGCGAACAGAUUUCGCCCUACAGUUCUAUGCCCAGCGGCGUCCCCGCUGUCACCGACGACGAUUUUAGCUACAUCACAUCUCAAGAUCUUGAUGGCGUCACCGAGGAUCGAUACUAUCCCAGAUCCCACUCGACUGCACCCCCACCAGCUCCAGAAGACGAUGUCCUCCUUAUCAAGAAUCGCGGCAUCACAUAUCCCGCUCACUUCCCCGCAUAUGCGAUUGGAGAUGGAAAGUUGCGGGUGAUAGACGUCAAGGACCGGGUUGGUCUGAUGAUGGAACUUCCUGAGCGAGGAACAUCACGCAUCAAGCUUCUCUACAAGGGAAAGCAACUCAAGGACCCUAUGGCGCCAGUACGAGACUAUGGUGUUAAGAACAACAGCGAGUUGAUGGCGGUCAUGCCCGAGAUUAAUGGUGUCAGCAGUGGCUCAGAAGAGGAGAUGGUGAUUGUCGAUGCUCCUAGAGAAGACAGGAAGACUCGCCGCCGCAAGAAGAAGCGUGACAAGAAGAAGGGUAUCACCAGUGAUGGCGACUCCUUGUCAGGCAGCCCUCGAGACAGCGCUUCUACUUUCGACCACCCCAGAUCACCUCCAGCACCACCCACAUCUUCAGGCGCAACCAGUGGACCCAUGAAGGUUCUCGACGAUCUUGCUGUUGAGUACCAGAUCAAGUGGCUGCCUUUGUGCUCCGAUUACAUUGCGUCGCCACCUUCAGACCCAAAGAAGCGAGAGGAAGACCACCGAAGACUUUCUGAGAGCAUUAUGAUGCACAUUAUGUUGAAACUGGACGGCGUCGAGGCUGAAGGCAUGCCCGAAGUCAGAGCGCGAAGGAAGGAAUUGGUGAAACAGGUCCAAAAGACAUUGAAGGAUCUUGAUGUUGCAAAGGAAUCUUGAGCCCGCGAUUAAGCGAUGGCGUUGAUGUUAAGUGCAAAAGAUUGUCUGGUUUGAGUGCAGGCGUUACUGGGAAUAUUCCAUUAUUCGACUACCUGGCCAUUGCUCUUCAUAUAGAACAAGCUGUACAAUAGAUUCAAGGAUUACCUUGACCAUGAUGACCAACAUAGACAGCAUUGAGCAAAUUGGUACAUUUAAUUUGGA